UGUUGCUCUCCCCGGGGAGGGUUUAGUGGCUCGGGCGGCGUUCUGUGGUGCCGGUGUCAGCGCUGAGCCGCUGGGAGGUUGUGCAGAUGGCCCGGCUGCCGGAGCGGUAACUUCAGAUGGUGUCCAUUGUCAGUGCCGUCCAGCGGGUGCCUGGCUGAUCCAUGGUCACUUUCCGGGAUGGCAACAAGGUGACUUCAGCUGAGGAUGACCUUGACUGAAAGGCUGCGUGAGAAGAUAUCUCGGGCCUUCUAUAACCAUGGACUGCUCUGUGCAUCCUACCCCAUCCCCAUCAUCCUCUUCACAGGGCUCUGCAUCGUAGCCUGUUGCUGUCCACUGCUGAAACUGCCCCUGCCGGGCACAGGACCUGUGGAAUUCUCCACCCCCGUGAAGGACUACUCGCCCCCACUUGCGGACUCUGACCACAGACACGCAGAGGCUGCCGAGCAGCCAGACUGGUAUGUGGGUGCCCCAGUGGCAUACAUUCAGCAGAUAUUUGUCAAGUCCUCAGUAUCUCCCUGGCACAAGAACCUCCUGGCAGUCGAUGUGUUCCGCUCACCCCUGUCCCGGGCAUUCCAGCUGGUAGAAGAGAUCCGGAACCACGUGCUGAGAGACAGCUCUGGGCCCAGGAGCCUGGAGGAGGUGUGCUUGCAGGUGACUGACUUGCUGCCAGGCCUCAGAAAGCUCCGAAACCUGCUCCCCGAGCAUGGGUGCCUGCUGCUGUCCCCCGGGAAUUUCUGGCAAAAUGAUCGGGAACGCUUCCAUGCUGAUCCAGACAUCAUCAGGACCAUCCACCAGCAUGAGCCCAAAACCCUGCAGACUUCGGCCACACUCAAAGACUUGCUGUUUGGUGUUCCUGGGAAGUACAGCGGGGUGAGCCUCUACACCCGGAAGAGGAUGGUCUCCUACACCAUUACUCUGGUCUUCCAGCACUACCAUGCCAAGUUCCUGGGCAGCCUGCGUGCCCGCCUCAUGCUUCUGCACCCAAGCCCCAACUGUAGCCUUCGGGCCGAGAGCCUGGUCCACGUGCACUUCAAGGAGGAGAUCGGGGUCGCCGAGCUCAUCCCCCUCGUGACCACCUACAUCAUCUUGUUUGCCUACAUCUACUUCUCCACACGCAAGAUCGACAUGGUCAAGUCCAAAUGGGGACUAGCCCUGGCUGCCGUGGUCACAGUGCUCAGCUCACUGCUCAUGUCUGUGGGGCUCUGCACACUCUUCGGCCUGACGCCCACCCUCAAUGGCGGGGAAAUUUUCCCCUACCUUGUGGUGGUGAUUGGGUUAGAGAACGUGUUGGUGCUCACCAAGUCAGUGGUCUCCACGCCGGUGGACCUCGAGGUGAAGUUGCGGAUUGCCCAAGGCCUAAGCAGUGAGAGCUGGUCCAUUAUGAAGAACAUGGCGACAGAGCUGUGCAUCAUCCUCAUUGGCUACUUCACCCUAGUGCCUGCCAUCCAGGAGUUCUGCCUCUUCGCUGUUGUGGGCCUGGUGUCUGACUUCUUCCUGCAGAUGCUUUUCUUCACCACUGUCCUGUCUAUUGACAUUCGCCGGAUGGAGCUUGCAGACCUGAACAAGCGGCUGCCCCCAGAGGCCUGUUUGCCCCCAACCAAACCACUGGGGCGUCCAGUACGUUAUGAGCGGCCACUGGCUGUGCGGCCGUCCACACCCCACACCAUUACACUGCAACCAUCUUCAUUCCGGAACCUGCGGCUCCCCAAGAGGCUGCGUGUCAUCUACUUCCUGGCCCGCACCCGCCUGGCACAGCGCCUGAUCAUGGCAGGUACUGUUGUCUGGAUUGGCAUACUGGUGUACACAGACCCGGCUGGGCUGCGCACCUACCUCGCUGCCCAAGUGACAGAACAGAGCCCACUGGGUGAGGGUGCCCUGGCUCCCGUGCCAGUGCCUAGUGGUGUGCUACCUGCCAGCCACCCGGACCCUGCCUUCUCCAUCUUCCCACCUGAUGCCCUGAAGCUUCCUGAAAACCAGACGCUGCCAGGUGAGCAGCCUGAGCCUGGGGGUCCCCCAGAGGGUGUGCCUGAUGGCCCCGUCCCAGAAGUAACCUGGGGGCCUGAGGAUGAGGAGCUCUGGAGGAAGCUGUCCUUCCGCCACUGGCCCACACUCUUCAGCUACUACAACAUCACGCUGGCCAAGAGGUACAUCAGCCUGCUGCCUGUCAUCCCUGUCACGCUCCACCUGAACCCCAGGGAGGCUUUGGAGGGGCGGCACCCUCAGGAUGGCCAGAGUGCCUGGCCCCGGCCCGGGCCAGUGCCUGCUGGGCACUCGGAGGCUGGACCCAGGGGCCCAGGUGAGGCGCAGAUGCACGGAGACGUCACACUAUACAAGGUGGCAGCGCUGGGUCUGGCAGCGGGCAUUGUCCUUGUGUUGCUGCUGCUCUGCCUCUACCGCGUGUUGUGCCCACGCAAUUACGGGCAGCCUGGUGGUGGGUCUGGGCGGCGGCGGCGUGGGGAGCUGCCCUGUGAUGACUAUGGCUACGCCCCACCCGAGACAGAGAUCGUGCCACUGGUGCUGCGGGGCCACCUCAUGGACAUUGAGUGCCUGGCCAGCGAUGGCAUGCUGCUUGUGAGUUGCUGCCUGGCUGGCCGUGUGUGUGUGUGGGACGCACAAACUGGGGACUGCCUCACACGCAUCCCGCGCCUGGGGCAGCGACGGGACAGUGGUGUUGGCAGUGUGCUGGAGGCCCAGGAGAACUGGGAACGGCUCUCGGACAGUGGGAAGGCUGGUCCAGAAGAGUCUGGGGAUAGCCCUCCCUUGCGACACCGGCCCCGGGGCCCUCCAGCAUCUUCCCUCUUUGGGGACCAACCAGACCUCACCUGCUUAAUCGAUACCAACUUCUCAGCACAGCCACCGUCCUCAGAGCCCACUCAACCGGAACCCCGGCACCGAGUGGGGUGCAGCCGCACUCGGGACUGUCCCGGCUAUGAUUUUAGUCGUCUGGUACAGCGGGUGUACCAGGAAGAGGAGUUGGCAGCUGUCCACACACCGGCCCCACGGCCCCCCUCACCAGGGCCUGUCUUGCCCCCAGCCCCUGAAGAUGAGGGGCUCUCUCUUGAGAAGGGCUCCCCUUUUGCUUGGGCCCCCAGCGCAGACGGGUCCAUCUGGAGCUUGGAGCUGCAGGGCAGCCUCAUCGUGGUGGGGCGCAGCAGUGGCCGCCUAGAGGUGUGGGACGCCAUCGAGGGGGUAUUGUGCUGCAGCAGCGAGGAAGUCUCCUCUGGCAUCACAGCCCUCGUCUUCCUGGACAAAAGGAUUGUAGCCGCUCGGCUCAACGGUUCCCUAGAUUUCUUCUCUUUGGAGACUCACACUUCCCUCAGCCCCCUGCAGUUCAGAGGGACCCCUGGACGGGGCAGUUCCCCCUCCUCUCCUAUGUACAGCAGCAGCGACACAGUGACUUGUCACCUGACCCACACAGUGCCCUGUGCUCACCAAAAACCCAUUACUGCUCUGAAAGCCGCGGCAGGGCGCUUGGUGACUGGGAGCCAGGACCACACACUGAGAGUGUUCCGCCUGGAGGAUUCGUGCUGCCUCUUCACCCUGCAGGGUCACUCUGGGGCUAUCACAACCGUGUACAUUGACCAGACCAUGGUGCUGGCGAGUGGAGGGCAAGAUGGGGCCAUCUGCCUGUGGGAUGUGCUGACUGGUAGCCGGGUUAGCCACAUGUUUGCUCAUCGUGGGGACGUCACCUCUCUCACCUGCACGACGUCUUGCGUCAUCAGCAGUGGGCUAGAUGACCUUAUCAGCAUCUGGGACCGCAGCACUGGCAUCAAGCUCUACUCCAUUCAGCAGGAUCUGGGCUGUGGUGCAAGCUUGGGUGUCAUCUCAGACAACCUGCUGGUGACCGGUGGCCAGGGCUGUGUCUCUUUUUGGGACCUAAACUACGGGGACCUGUUACAGACAGUCUACCUGGGAAAGAACAGUGAGGCCCAGCCUGCCCGCCAGAUCCUGGUGCUGGACAAUGCUGCCAUUGUCUGCAACUUCGGCAGUGAGCUCAGCCUGGUCUAUGUACCGUCUGUGCUAGAGAAGCUGGAUUGAGGCCUCAUUGUCCAGGCACAGGCUGGAGAACUGUGUAGGCCAAUGCACUGGAUCGAGACUGGGGGAGGGGUUGGGUAUCCUCUGGCAGCUGCUUCUUGACUGUAAUAAAAUUUUUUUAAUCACA